UCAACAGGUCAAUGUUCAAAGCAGAGACUCAGAAAACAAAAGCAACAGUGAGAAACGAAUUCUGCAUUCUGGGUUCCUGAUAUCUAUGCACUACAUUCUGCAGAAAAAGAUCCUACAGCUCUCAUAAAGCAGGAAGAAGUGUCAACAGGCCAGGAUGGCUGUGAAGCUGCUGUUCCUUUGGCUGCUGCUGCUCCUGUUCAGUCUCAGCUGGACUGAAGAGCAGAGGUGUCUGAAAUAUGCCUCAAGCUGCGACCAGUGCAUCAUGGCGGGCUCUGAAUGUGCUUGGUGUACAUCUCCAGGUGUUAGCAUUCGUUGUGCAACAACAGAGCACCUGCAGAGCAGUGGCUGUCCCAGAAGCCAGAUUUAUAACCCUACUGGCAGAGUGUGGGUGCUAAAGAAUGUUAGACGGGCUGACCAGGACGCUAGGAUGCAUAAUACCAGAGCUGUUUUUCUGGAGCCCCAGGAGGUUUCCGUCUACCUGAGGCCUGGAGUUCCUGAGCUCAUUUCUCUCACCAUCUCCACAGCACCAGGCCAUCCUACACCAGAGCUGAUUAUGGACCUCAGCAACGCACCAGCUGAAGUUAAUGUCACCCUCAGCAACAUAGUCACAGAUAACCCAAGACACCUACAGGUGAGUGUGGAAGUCAGCCAGUGUCCCAGUAAGAGUGGAACCUCAAACCAGAACAGAAAAGGACCCUGGUCUAUUCUCAUAACACCCAGAGGGUUUUCCGAGGGCUUCAAGCUAGAGAUAUCAUUGAUGUGUGAGUGUAACUGCACCGGGAACUGUGCUGAAAACAGCCCAGAGUGCAACGGCCACGGGGCUCUGGUCAAUGGUUAUUGCGAAUGCCACACGCCUUAUUUUGGAGUCAGCUGCCAGAUUAAAGGCGAUGCCGUCUCCUACCAAGACGAAGAGCGGUGCCGCUCCAGGCCGAACGAGCCAGUUUGCAGCGGCAGGGGCUCUUGUGUGGAGGGCAUCUGUGAGUGCAACAAAAGGGAAAAUCCAAAGGAGGCGUACAGUGGACGAUAUUGCGAGUGCAGCAAUUUUAACUGUCCACACCUCAACAACAGACUCUGCGGAGGCAACGGGAGGUGUGAAUGUGGAAGGUGUCAGUGUGAAAGUGACUGGAUCGGUGAGGACUGCAGCUGCUCCAUGCAAACCGCUUCGUGUUUGGGGAGGAACCAGAUACUGUGCAGUGGGAGAGGGUUAUGUGACUGCGGCAAGUGUCAGUGUGAUCCUCCGUACAGUGGCCCGACAUGUGAGGACUGCCCCGCUUGCCAGGGCUUCUGCCAGGAGCUUGCUGCGUGUGUGGAGUGCAGAGCGUUUGGAACAGGAGCCAACAAAGACACUUGUGGCAGCGAGUGUGGACACCUCAAUGUGAAAAUGGUCCAGACCAAAAAUGAGCUGCAGGGAAAUCUCUGUAAAAUGAUGACCUUUGACAGGCUUUGCGUAUUCUACUUCUCAAGACUGCCCUCUGGUGGAGAGAUAGCUGUGAGUCAAACUAAAGAGUGUUGAUCCACCUACUUUCAUGAUGUUUCUCAAGUUAUGAAGGUUUGUACGUCCUGACAUUAACAUUUAUGGUGUAGUAAACCUUUUUUUGGUAUUGAGUAUCUGAGAAGUAAACAGAUAAACAUGGAUUGAGAAAGAAUGUCUAGAAAGGAAAGGACUACGUACAGCCAUUCGUAUGAUGAUGCAGUUGUUUCUGGUUGUGAGGCUGGUGCUGUGCUGGAAGCGAAGGUCUCUGGCCUGAAGCUGCAGCUCCUGACAAAGUUCUGUCUUCUUCUUUUCUGUCAAAUAAAAACACAUUAAAGGAGAUAUUAUUUCAGAUACUAGUA